GGUUUUGCGCACGCGCACAGGCUCCGCGCCGGGCUCGCCCGCCGGGCAGGCGCACGGCGCACACCUGCGAGCCUGGAAGUGGCGGUGGCUGCGAACCCGGCGGCGCGGCCAAACCUGCGCUGGCUGCCUGGGCCUCCUGGGCCAGAAGCUGGCGCCGGGGGCGGCGGCGGGGUGGGAAAGCGGCGCCGCGGUAGGGCUUCCUGGACGCGUCGGCAGAGGUGGCUUCGUUCCGCCGAGCCCAGGCUUCAGGCUUUCACCAGUUCUCAGGAUGCCCAUAGGGAUGGGUGAAGCCCGCCUGGCCUGUGGUGCUUCCCAGUGGCCGUCAUCUCAUUAGGGCCCCACAGUGGCAUUAGGAUGCACCUCUCGGCGGUGUUCAAUGCCCUCCUGGUGUCGGUGCUGGCAGCGGUCCUGUGGAAGCAUGUGCGGCUGCGUGAGCAUGCAGCCACACUGGAGGAGGAGCUGGCCCUCGGCCGACAGGCCACAGAGCCAGCCCCAGCACUGAGGAUCGACUACCCGAAGGCACUGCAGAUCCUGAUGGAGGGCGGCACACACAUGGUGUGCACGGGCCGCACGCACACAGACCGCAUCUGCCGCUUCAAGUGGCUCUGCUACUCCAACGAGGCUGAGGAAUUCAUCUUUUUCCAUGGCAACACCUCUGUCAUGCUGCCCAACCUGGGCUCCCGGCGCUUCCAGCCAGCCCUGCUUGACCUAUCCACCGUGGAGGACCACAACACUCAGUACUUCAACUUCGUGGAGCUGCCUGCUGCUGCCCUGCGCUUCAUGCCCAAGCCGGUGUUCGUGCCAGAUGUGGCCCUGAUCGCCAACCGCUUCAACCCCGACAACCUCAUGCACGUCUUUCACGACGACCUGCUGCCACUCUUCUACACCCUGCGGCAGUUUCCCGGCCUGGCCCACGAGGCACGGCUCUUCUUCAUGGAGGGCUGGGGCGAGGGUGCACACUUCGACCUCUACAAGCUGCUUAGCCCCAAGCAGCCUCUCCUGCGGGCACAGCUGAAGACCCUGGGCCGGCUGCUGUGCUUCUCCCAUGCUUUUGUGGGCCUUUCCAAGAUCACUACCUGGUACCAAUAUGGCUUUGUGCAGCCCCAGGGCCCAAAGGCCAACAUCCUCGUCUCAGGCAAUGAGAUCCGGCAGUUUGCACAGUUCAUGACAGAAAAGCUGAACGUGAGCCACACAGGAGUGCCCCUAGGCGAGGAGUACAUUCUGGUCUUUAGCCGAACCCAGAACAGACUCAUUCUGAAUGAGGCAGAGCUGCUGCUGGCACUGGCCCAGGAGUUCCAGAUGAAGACAGUGACAGUGUCCCUGGAGGACCACACCUUUGCUGAUGUCGUGCGGCUGGUCAGCAAUGCCUCCAUGCUGGUCAGCAUGCAUGGGGCCCAGCUGGUCACCACCCUCUUCCUGCCCCGUGGGGCAACUGUGGUAGAGCUCUUCCCAUAUGCUGUCAAUCCCGACCACUACACUCCCUAUAAGACGCUGGCCAUGCUGCCUGGCAUGGACCUCCAGUAUGUAGCCUGGCGGAACAUGAUGCCAGAGAACACAGUCACACACCCUGAGCGGCCCUGGGAUCAGGGGGGCAUCACCCACCUGGACCGGGCUGAGCAAGCCCGUAUCCUGCAAAGCCGUGAGGUCCCACGGCAUCUCUGUUGCCGGAACCCCGAGUGGCUCUUCCGAAUCUACCAGGACACCAAGGUGGACAUCCCAUCCCUCAUUCAAACCAUACAGCGCGUGGUGAAGGGCCGGCCAGGACCACGGAAGCAGAAGUGGACAGUCGGCCUAUAUCCAGGCAAGGUGCGGGAGGCACGGUGCCAGGCGUCAGUGCAUGGCACCUCCGAGGCCCGCCUCACUGUCUCCUGGCAGAUCCCAUGGAACCUUAAAUACCUGAAGGUGAGGGAGGUGAAGUACGAGGUGUGGCUGCAGGAGCAGGGGGAGAACACCUACGUACCUUACAUCCUGGCUCUGCAGAACCACACCUUCACUGAGAACAUCAAGCCCUUCACCACCUACCUGGUGUGGGUCCGCUGCAUCUUCAACAAGAUCCUCCUGGGACCCUUUGCAGAUGUGCUGGUGUGCAGCACGUAGCGAGCGGCCACAGCCUGGCCUCGGGAGGGUGGCUUCUGCAGUUCAGCGUCCCUGGGCCCAUUAAUCCCAUUGUGGAGACUUCUGGGAACUAUUUAUUGAGCAGGCCUGUGCCUCCAGGUCAUCUUGUUGCCUCUGGGGUGUGGUGUCACAGCACUCCUCUUUGCCCUAGAGAUAAGGGACCUGACUUCCCCUUCUCCCAUCCUGAACAUUUGUACCCCUGGAGAAGUUCCUUAGCAGGGAUGAGGAAGAGGAGAGGAGGAAGGAAAGAAAGAAUCACAGGGAACCUCUGGCUAGGUGAUCCUGAUGUUUCCUACUGAGUUUUUCUGGUAUCCAGAUUUCUGGAAACCGAGUAAUCAUGUACUGUUUGAUUGGGUGGUUCAUCUGUUUCCAUCCCAGUGAAAUUUACCUGUAGCCCAGUGAAGGGUGUGUUUGGAACAUUGAUUAAAUGAUUCUAAGCAUC